AAAAAGCGGGAAGGUUGCGUGCGUUCUUCGUGGGUGACUUUCAUUAGGGUUUCAGAUUGCGCUGCAUUGUGCGAAUCGCGAUCGCCUCUGCAGUCAGUUUGCAGCACGAUCGACUGGUAUAGGAGAUGGCGGCUUUCUCCGUCGAUUCGUUGCCGCUGGGAUUCCGAUUCCGUCCGACGGAUGUGGAGCUGGUGAAUCAUUACCUCAAGGGAAAGAUCAGAGGACGGAUCAAGUCCGAGGUCGAGGUUAUCCCGGUGAUAGAUGUCUGCAAGUGCGAUCCGUGGGAUCUUCCCGCUAAAGCGUUGAUAAAAUCAAGCGACGAGUGGUUCUUCUUCUCGCCGAAGGACCGUAAAUAUCCCAAUAGUGGUCGUUCUAACCGAACUACACUAUCUGGAUACUGGAAAGCUACUGGAAAGGAUCGAACGAUCAAGGCAAGGGCGCGGGAUACUGCAAUUAUAGGCACGAAGAAAACUCUUGUUUUCUACCAAGGUCGUGCCCCUAAAGGCGUUCGAACGAAUUGGAUUAUGCAUGAGUAUCGAACCACUGAGCCCGAACUUGAUUCAGGCAAACAGGGUGGCUUUGUUCUUUAUCGUUUGUUCAAGAAGAUGGAAGAGAAGACUGGAGAGAAGACCCCAGUUUCUGAAGUUGAUGAUUGCUUGGAGAGAAAUAUUGAUGAUACACACAGUAGUGCUUUGUCUUCUUCUUCAACCAUGCUUUCACCUGAUGGAAUGCUUAAUGGAGAAGUUUCUACUGGGGAACCUGUGACAUCAUUGGAUCAGAAGGCUCUGUUGUGUGAUUGGCAAGAGAACAUACAACAUUUACCUCUACCCUCAGAUGAACAAUUGUCAGGUGUUGGCGAAUUGUUUUCGGAUAAAAACAAUUUCACAAUAAAUAAUCUUCCAAUUCAAGAGGAGAUCCAUUUUACUGGUGCUGUGGCAUCACCAGCAUCUGGGGUUGAAUUUUCAUUGGAUAAUUUAGCACAAUUUGAUUUCCGAGAGUUCGAGCACGAGUUUUAUGACAGUGUUGAGAAGUUUGUGGCAGAGUCUAAACCAUGUCAAAAUCUUGAAGAUGAUUAUGUUACUGAAUUCUUGGAUGAAAUUCUUUGUGAUCCUGAGGAACGUUCCCCUGAUGUAUCAAAUGACUGUAGCACUCUUUUCCCAUGUUAUUCUUAUAGUCCCUCGGAAGCUUUUUUAUUCAGGGACAACACGACAGGUAUUGGUGGGGAUGAUAAUACAGAUGUAAUAGAAGUUUUUGGUCAAGAGUGCAGUCCACCCAUUUGUUCAAGCACCAUUUGGCAGAAUAGUGGUUACACAGCUCCAUUAAGACAAGGCACGAGUCAGUUUCCUUUGUUUCCUAAUCAUAAUUUUGGCCAUAAUGUUUCCUUCAUGGGGACUGCUGCAAGUAUGCAUCAAGAAUCAAUUAAUGUUGAGAACUUAGAUAACGCCAAAAUCCAUGUUAGAACACACAGAAAUUUGUUUGAGUCUCAUGACCUGAGUGAAGAAAAAGUCUUAUCAGCAAGCCAGAUACGCUUGCAAAAGUCCGUUCAAAAUGCAUCUGUCCCCAAAACUGAUCAUAUAAGUACUAUAAAGAAUGACAUAGUCCACUCGGUUGUCAAUGAGGUACCAGAAAUUCUGGAGCAUCAUGAAGAAAACACAGAAUCCAGCCUUGACAGCAGUAUCAACGCAAAAAAGGAACUUUCUCAUGGUAAUGCAAUUUCUACAGUGAAAACAUCCUCUCCCCUUGAGUUUGGUGAUGCUGAGAAAUCUGAUGGAUUGAGAUCCAGACGGGCACAUAAUGAUGAAAUUGAGAAGAAGACUAGCGAUCAAUCUUUGGAUGCUCUAGCAAUUUCAUCUGGUUCAUACUCUGUUAUUAGAAUCAUUUUGAUUCUUUCAGCCCUACUCUUCCUCUUAUGUCUUGGAUUAAGUUGGUGCCUUAGCUGUUGAUGUACAUUUAUGAUUAUAGAAUUUGACAAAAUCAAUUUGAGUUUGUAAAUUUUGUAGCUUUAUUACAGUUUGCCUUCCACUUUUGCUUUUUUACAUGUAAAGUGUACUGAUGAGACAAGGUGUUCUGAAUAAUACAUUAGCAAUUCUGCGAACUA